AUGGCUGGCAAAGCACAGAGGUUAAGUGAUGAGGAGAGGGACCAGCUGCUGCCAAACCUGAGGGCCGUGGGGUGGAACGAGCUGGAAGGUAGAGAUGCUAUCUUCAGGCAGUUCCAUUUCAAAGACUUCAUUUGGGCCUUUGGCUUCAUGACAAGGGUGGCCCUGCAAGCUGAGAAACUGGACUACCAUCCCGAAUGGUUUAGUGGGUACAAUAAGAUCCACAUCACCCUGAGUGCAUGUGAGUGUGCAGGCCUUUUAGAAUGGAACGUAAACCUGGUCAGCUUCAUCGAACAAGUAGUGUCCAUGACAUAG